AAUAUGCGUCGUUUAUAAUAAAGCUCGGAGCUGAUUUAUUACUCAUGUAUUAAAGUUUUUGGGUGAACAAAAGUUAAAUCUAAAUUUUAUCAACAGUGUAAAAAUGCCAGAAUGUUUUGUUUUUCUUAAUUUUUUACCUCGAGCCUGUGUUUAGCGUAUCGGCAGCAAGAAAGCGUGAAAGUCACGUUAAAAUGUUUGUAUUAAGUUUUUUCAGAAUUUACUUUUGUUUAUGUAUUCUAAACUCCCAUUGAGAUUCAUAAAUUUUGUUCAGAAUUUUGAUGGAUUGGGAAAGCAAAAUAUGUACUACAAUACGAGAGAGCUGCGUCAUGCAGGAUUCAAAAUCAGCAAACUGUGUUAAUGGAGCUUUCCACUCUGAAAGAGUUGUCAUCUUAGAUGCUGGAGCCCAAUAUGGAAAAGUCAUUGACCGCAGGGUUAGAGAAUUGGCGGUCGAAACAGAAAUUCUUCCCCUAAAUACACCUGCUGAAACUCUUCUUUCUCAAGGCUUUAGGGCUAUUAUUAUAUCUGGAGGCCCAAGUUCUGUUAAUGCUGCUGAGGCUUCCAGCCAUGAUCCACAGAUAUUCACAUGUGGUUUACCAAUCUUAGGAAUAUGUUAUGGCAUGCAGAUGAUCAACAAACAUUAUGGAGGAACUGUCCAAAAGAAAGACUCCAGAGAAGAUGGACAAUUUGUUAUUCAAGUUGACACAACUUCUGCUCUAUUUAAAGGUUUGGAAAAGGAAGAGUUAGUUUUAUUAACUCAUGGAGAUAGUACGGAUAAAGUUGCUGAUACCUUUAAAGUGACUGCAAAAUCGGGUAACCACAUUGCAGCUAUUGCCAAUGAAAAGCUCAAGAUCUAUGGUGUUCAAUUUCAUCCUGAAGUAGAUUUGACCACAAAUGGUAAACUAAUGAUGAAAAACUUCUUGUAUAACAUUGUUGGUUUGACUGGAAAUUUCACUAUGCAGUCUCGUGAAACUGAGUGCAUUGAAUUUAUUAGGAAAACUGUUGGAAAAAAUAAAGUACUAAUGUUAGUAAGUGGUGGUGUUGACUCAACUGUGUGUGCUGCUUUGCUGAAUCGAGCACUGAAAGAAGAUCAAGUAAUAGCUAUUCAUAUAGAUAAUGGAUUUAUGAGAAAGAAUGAAAGCAUACAAGUAGAGUUGUCCUUAAAAAAAUUGGGAUUAAAAUUGAGAGUAUUGAAUGCCUCCCAGAAUUUUUACAAUGGGUCAACUACUGUGCCAGUAGAUAGAAAAGAUCCAAAUGGAAGAAAGAGAGAUACACAAUUGCUUUGCAUGACUGGAGAUCCAGAAGAAAAGCGUAAAAUUAUUGGUGACACCUUCAUGCGGGUUGCAAAUGACAUUAUAUCAGAUCUAAAUUUGAAACCCGAAGAAACUCUGCUUGGUCAAGGAACGCUGCGACCCGACCUUAUUGAGAGUGCCUCAGCCUUAGCAAGUUGUAAUGCUGAUGCUAUAAAAACCCACCAUAAUGACACAGACUUAGUGCGAAUAUUGAGAUCUGAAGGUCGAGUAAUCGAACCCCUAAAGGAUUUCCACAAGGAUGAAGUGCGACUUAUGGGGAAAGAUUUAGGAUUACCUGAUGAGGUUGUGCAGCGUCAUCCUUUCCCUGGACCGGGUCUUGCUGUGCGUGUGAUUUGUGCUGAUGAACCUUUCCAAGACAAGAACUUUUCUUUUACUAGUGUACUUGUUAAAGUUAUUAUUGAAUAUAAAUCCUCCGUAGAAAAUAGUCAUGGAUUUGUUUUUAGAGUUAAAAGUAGCACAUCGGAAGAAGAACAGGCAUUUUUAACAGCUCUUUCAACCAAAUAUAAACUCACAUCAACUGUCUUACCUAUCAAAAGUGUUGGAGUUCAGGGUGAUCAACGUACGUAUAGUUAUGUUGUCGGUUUAUCAACAAAUGAUGAAAUUCAGGACUGGGAAGAUAUGAUGACUCUAGCAAAAAUUAUUCCUCGUGUUUGUCAUAGUGUAAAUAGGGUUUGUUUCAUAUUUGGCCCAGCUGUAACAUAUCCAGUUCAAGAUAUAACGCCGACUUUCCUGACACCAACUGUUCUCAGCACGUUGCGACAAGUCGACCACGUUGCUCACAAUAUCUUACAAAACUCUGGCCAAUUGGAGAGCAUAUCUCAGAUGCCUAUAGUUUUAAUACCUAUUCACUUUGAUAGGGAUGUUGUGUCUCGAAAUCCAUCCUGUCAGAGAUCUGCUGUGAUCAGGACAUUUAUUACGCAUGAUUUUAUGACUGGUAUACCGGCUACACCAAAUAAGCAUUUACCUUUAGAUGUCAUUAAGAAGAUGGUGACAGAAAUGUUGAAUGUUCCAGGUAUUUCAAGAGUGCUGUAUGACCUAACUCCCAAGCCCCCUGGCACAACUGAGUGGGAGUAAUAGAUGGUUUUUAGAAUUUUCAAAGUUAUUGGUUGGGCUUAAUGAAUUUGAUGGAAAGUGUAAAUAAAAAGCCUUACUUUUAAUACAUAGUGAGUCUAAAAACAAAAACUUAUUGAAAAAAAAAUUGAAAGAAAAACUAAAAAUUAUUUUGAAAUAUAUUCUACGAAAUGUGACCUGAAUUUCAUGUGAAUGUAGAAGCUUCUGGCUGAAACUUGGAAAGUUGUUGUAAUUCAGAUAUAGUGUCCAUGUUAUUAUAAUUCAUUUUAAUAUCUAAAUUUAAUAAACAUUGGUCUUGAUGUGUUUGUUUA